CCUCGGAGGUUCGUUUUGUAGAAUCUCAUCCAGAAACAUGACCAGUAUCCUCCGAGGUUCGUGUGCAGAAUCGCAUCCAGAAACAUUCAGAAUCCUUCAAGGAUCAUGUCCAGAAACAUGUCCAGGAUCCUUGGAUGUCCAGAACAUCUCCAGGAUCCUCGGAUGUUCGUUUUGUAGAAUCGCAUCCAGAAACAUCACUAGGAUCCUCGAAUGUUCGUUUUGUAGAAUCGCACCCAGAAAAAUAUUCAGAAUCCUCCGAGGAUCGUGUCCAAAAACAUAUCAGGGAUCCUCGGAGGUUCGUUUUGUAGAAUCGCAUCCAGAAACAUUUCCAGGAUCCUCGGAUGUCCGUGUGUAGAAUAGCUUCCAGAAAAAUUACCAGGAUCCUCGGAUAUUCGUUUUGUAGAAUCGCAUCCAGAAACGUGUCCAGGAUCCUGCGCGAUUCCUUUACAAGAAUUUUCAGCUGUUUGUUGUUUUUAAAUUAAAUAUCUAUGGUUUUGACCCCCAUGGCACUCAUUUUUACAAUGUGGAUUACGGUUUUUAAGAUUUUAAUGCGUACGCUUACACAAUUUUAAUAUUUUUUAUGUGAUUGCAUGAUAAUAUAUCCGAGAGAAAAUUUAUGUGUUAUAACGCCAAAGUUUGUAAAUAUUUGUUUGGUGUUUUUGCCGGUGUUAGGAGUAUUGAUGUACCUUUUUCUUAAGUCUGUAAUUUAUUUUAAUGGUUCGUAGGGACAGAUAUUUUAUAUAUUUUUGUUAAUUUAGGUAGAAAAUUAGUCAUUCGCAGUAUUCUGUCUUCUCUUUGAGAAAAUGAAGGAUUUUAUUUCCUAUGCCAAAUUGAACUGAUAAAUUUAAAAACUUAUCUUCAACUUAUUUAAGUAAAAUUUGUAAUUAGUUAGAAAAAAGUCCCUAAAGAUAGGAUAUUCACUUUCUGCAUUAGAAAAUAUUUUUUACUAAAAAUAUUUCUGACUGCAUUAUUUGGAUAAGAAAUGAGUAUUCAUUAUAUUGGUAUAAUUUCGGAAAGUGCAUAUAAUUUUUAAUAUAAAUUAAAAGAAUAAAAUUCGGGGAGCAUUAUACUUGUAUUCGAUAUUAUUACAAUAUCAGUAGAAAAUAAUUAUUUUUUAGAAACAUUUAUAUGGUCUAUAAUAAAUUUUAUUUAAAUUUUAAUGGCUGAAAUAUAUAAUUGGGAAUUCAGAAGCAGCGAAUUUCGAAUUUAUAGGGAAAACUUUUGAGUGUCCCACAGACUGACGAUAGAAAAAUAAUAAUGUGAUUCUGAUUAGUAUAUUAGGGUUCCUAGCAUGGUUUUGUAUUAGUUUUCUAGUCGAUUUUUUAUCAAGUUUUGUUAUGCGAUGUAAAUGCCAGAUUUAUAUGAUCUUAAAUAAACAUUUUUUUCGUAUUAG